AUGAGAGAUAGAGGGGGCGAUAGACAGAGAGAUAGAGGGGGCGGGAGAGCGGGCCAAAGUCCGAACCGGAUCGCAGCGGGGCUGCAGCGGGCGCCGGAGGCCGCGUGCGAGCCCACCGCCGCGUGCGAGCCCAGAGCCCCCAGCGAGCCCGAAGCCCCCAGCCAAGCCAGCGCCGCCCGCCAGCCAAACGCGCCGCCACGUGCGCGCUGCGAGUUCUUUCUCACCCGCAAGCGCCGCCGCUGCGGGAUGACGCGCCAGGCCGCGAUGCCCUAUUGCAGCGAGCACAUGGCGCAGGUCGCGGGCGACGGCGGCGGCGGCAGCGGCGACGCGGGUGUCCGGGCGGACCCUCGCGGGCGCCGAGUUCCGUGUCCGCUCGAUCCGCGACACACGGUGUGGGAGCGCGACGUGGCGCGCCACACGCGCCGGUGCAACCGCGCCAAGGAGGCCGCCGAGCAGCGCGCGCGCGCGUUGGACCCGGCGGCGGCGCCGUGGUACGCGCCGGGGCUGAACGCGCAGGUGGCGUCGGAAAACGACGCGCCCGUGGAAAACGACGCGCCCGUCGCCGUAGCCGCCGAGGUCGCGCACGCCGCCAACGCCGCCGUGCUCCGCGCGCUGCCCGUGCUGCGGCGCGUGUACGCGCAGCACUUUGCAGACCGGCCGUUGCCGCUGCAGGUGCGGGCCGACGACGGCGUGGUGCAGCGGCGGUUCCCGCAGCUGGCCAACCGCAAGCACGCGGUCCAGCAGGCGUCGUUGAUCCAGCACAUGCGCGAGGCCGGGCUGUUGGAGAGCGCACCCGCGGCCGGCGCCACCACGUUCAUCGAGUUCGGGUGCGGCCGCGCCGAGCUGUCGCGCUACGUGAGCCAGAGCGUUGCCGGGUCCGCGUGCGGGUCCGAGCGCGGUUCCGAGCGCGGGUCCGAGCGCGGGUCCGAGCGCGGGCCCGCGCCCGCGCCCGCGCCGCCGCCCUGCUUCGUGCUGGUGGACCGCGCCUCCAACCGCAUGAAGUUCGACUCCAAGUUUGCCGAGGACUGGGCGGCCAUCCGCGGCGGCGGCCCCGCGCCGCGCGUGUGCCGCCGCAAAGUCGACAUCCGGGACCUGCGGAUCGACGCGCUGCUGGAGCCCGGGGCGGGCCCGGCGGCCGCGGAGCCCGCGGAGGCGGCGGCCCCCGGGGCCCCGGCCCCCGCCGACUGCGUCGCCAUCUCCAAGCACCUCUGCGGCGUCGCCACCGACCUCACGCUCGCGUGCGUGCUCAAUAGCCGCCAGCUGCACGCCCCGCACCGCCGUCUGCGCGGCAUGGUCAUCGCCAUGUGCUGCCGGCACGUCUGCGACGCGCGCCAGUACGCCAACCCGGAGUUCAUCCGGGGGCUGAUCGCGGGGGACGACGUGGGUUACCCGGAGUUCUUCCUGGCGCUCAAGAAGAUCGCGUCGUGGGCGGUGUGUGGGCGGCGCGCGGGCGUCGCGGACCACGACGUGAGCCAGCAUUUCACCGGGCUGCCCGUCGUGCAGCGCGAGCAGCUGGGCGAGAUGGCGCGCCGCAUCAUCGACGAAGGCCGCGCGCAACUGCUGCGGGACCGCGGCUAUGCGGUGUCGCUGGUGCGGUACGUCGGGCGGGAGGUGUCGCUGGAGAACGUGGCGAUGGUGGUAAAGGAGCGGACGUAG